CUUCAUUGCGAUGGAACAUGAACUCGUAAAUUAGGUUUGAAAAAUUUAAAUACGUUCAACAGUGCACAGAAUGUUGCAUUUCAGAUUUGUAAGACCAUCUGCAUUUGUUAGAUACAACAUAUACAAAGUUACUGUUCCGGUGAUUUGGGUGAAGUGAGAACUUUAGUAAUAAACUUUAUAUUUCAAAAUUUAUCUCAUCAUUCUGUAUUGAGACGUUUUGGUUUAAAAAUGAUGACCGAACUGCCUGAAAAUAACAAUAAAACAGGUGAAAGUGUGUUUACUGUUCGUGCAGAUGAAAAUAAUUGGGCGUCUUACACUCUACCUUCGUUCGGACAUAGCAGCCGACCAGUAAGCGGCAGACCUGUGAGCGGUAAUAUCUACGAUGCUUAUGGAGAAAUUGGAACCAGUAAUGAUGGGGAAUAUACAAUCGUUACCGAAAUUAUGGAUGACGAGAACUUAGAUGCAUACCAAUGGCACAAUUUGAAUGGCAAAUCCGGUCUACCUACCAUGAAAGCCGUGCCAAUAGCUCGUGCUAACCCAAGGCUGUCACAGAAAGCCUUCAUAAGACAUAUUAGGUCAUUCGAGAAUGGAAAAAUAAAAAUGUUAGAUGAUGGAGAAAAUGCAAUAAGCGAAGACGAGGAGAAAGAAUACGACAUGCGGUAUGAAAACAAUGGUCCAAUUAUAAUGGCAUGUUUUGUGAGGUUCUUGCUAAUUGCCCACAACGUGCUGACAGUAUGGCGUGUGACGGAUGACUACAACGAGAACAUGUACUGGCUUAUAGUGAUUGCUAACUUCUUCCUCAUCUUAGAAGGCAUUGUUGUCAUCAUAAAACGAGCAGGUAUCGAAUAUGAAUGGUGGACCCCAUGCUUCCUCAUUUACCUUGCAUCAACAAUACCUGCAAUAUGGCUUCUUCAGUUGAACCAGUAUGACCGUUUUGUUAAUGCAGAUAAGUGGACCACUCUACCUCCAACUGAAAUAACUACCAUCCCGACCACGACAUUGACAGAAGCCCUGGUACUGAACGUUACGAGCAAUUUGACUUCGGAUAUUGCGGAUGGUCUGGCCGGGAAUGAUACAACUACUGCCAGUGGUCUAGCCGGGAAUGAUACAUCUGCUGCCAGUGGAUUGCCAAGUAAUAUAACAACUGAGAUCAGUACAACUGUGUCAACAAUACUUACUCCUAGUGAGCCGGUGUUUGGCACUUUUGAUAAUGAUGUAUGGGUAAUCAUCAUUGAGGAAUCGCUGGUAUAUCUACUUGUGUUCAGUCGCUGGCUGCUCCCACGUGGUAAAGUCUCGCGAGACUUUCUGGCUGACCUGCUCUUAGAGUUUCUCGCCAUAGCCUCGGAUAUCAUGGAGUUGCUCGCUGUCUUCGACGAAGAUCAGGUUCGAGGAAACUUGAAACUCACCUACGCUAUCUUGGCCGUGUGGUCAGGGAGUUUCAUCCAGUUCAUUCCCAUACUGAUGCAGAAGUCUAAGCGAUUUCGAAAGGCACGGAAUCCAAAUGUCGCAUUUCUGAAUAGGCACUGUGGAGAUAAGUUUGUAGAGGUUGUUGUGACAUGUAUGAGCAUAUUUCUACAAGAUUUACCUUUCCUUGUAGUAAGGCUCUACAUCAUCAUAGAGGUGAAGCUGAUUACAUACAGUCUGAUAUUCUUCUUGCUGAAGAACAUUGUUACUUUGAUGUUGUUGUUCUACAGACUAACAAUACUCUGCUACCGCCUACCGCAUUGCAAGGGAAAACCGGCUUAAAAGUUUAUCAAACUAACAUUCAAGUGUAUCUUGUUAACCGGUAUUCUAUUCUUAAUGUAUCUUACAAUAAGUAUUUUACCAAGUAAACGGAUUUCUGCUGAAACUAUUUACGCGUUCAGCAGCUAAGCUUCGGUGAGGAACGCUGAGACAAGCGUUUCGGUAUUUUUGUGCGGCCAGUAAACGUUUUAAUGGGAGUAUUCUUGGGACAUCUCAAAUACUGUGUACAUUGGUGGAGCUUUGUGUCAGAGAGCUGUCUCCCAAAACAAUUCUCUUACAAUACGACAGUCACAAUUAUCAUUGACAGUUCACCGGCAGGCAAUAACUGCUGGGAGCAAACGCAGUGAAAUCAAACAACAUAUAGAAGAUGACACUGGGAAGCAAAAGCGAACGUAAUCCAAAAGAGUCUAAUGGACAAAGGCUGGCUGGGAAAUUUUGAAAAGAAGAAACGUUUUACGAAAAACCGUACUUACGUGACUGAUUGUGCACAUGUAUAUUAUCAUAUUAAGAAAAUAUAGGUUCAAUGUAAA